GCCGAAUACUUCGGAUGUCCCGCGCGAGCGGGUACGACCCGUGCGAGGCGUGCUCCGAUUUGGCGGGGGGACGCCAUGCGAAGCUGCCCAUCCGUAGCCAUUUUGGCUCAAGCCAUUUUUGGCUCCAGUGAGUGCGCGGCGACAUUCUUGCAGCACUGCUCCACGUGCUCGGCCCCGCUUUGCUGGGCAAAGCAACGCGAUGUCCAUGACCUUCGUCGGCGCCUCCGCCCCGGCUUCGGCGGGCCUCCAGGUCAGCUUGCGCGCGCCGACCACAGCGCCGCCGGUGCUGAAGGCCCACGCGGGGCAGAAAGGCGCAGCCGGCGGCGGUAGCCUGGGCGCCGCCCUCCCGGUGGGCGCGGCGGCCGCCCUCGCGAUCGCCGCUCGCCGGCCGGCGCGCGCAGCGCGGCGCGCCGCCGAGGCCGAGGCGCCGCCGCCCUUCGACCCGUCGACGCAGCUGGGCGCCAUGGCCCCCGUGGGCUUCUUCGACCCGGCAGGGUUCAGCAAGGUGGGCGACGAGGAGGGUUUCCGCAACCUGCGCACCGCGGAGCUCAAGCACGGGCGCGUGGCCAUGAUGGCGGCCUUGGGGUUCGUGGCGCAGCAGUACAUCAAGUUUCCUGGCUUCGAGUCGGUGCCUGCGGGUGUGGGCGCGGUGACGACGGCGCCAGGCACGUACGGCUUUGUGGCGCUGUUUCUGUUUGCUGGCGCCAUGGAGCUCGCGGUGUGGACGCAGGACCCGAAGAAGGAGGUGGGCAAUUUCGGCGACCCCCUGGGCCUGUCCAACAUUUUCGGCUACGACGAGGACAUGCGUCACAAGGAGCUCAACAACGGCCGCUUCGCGAUGUUUGCGGCCAUCGGCAUCCUGUCCGCGGAGCUGUUGACUGGCAAGGUGGGCAUCGACCAGUUCUGAACUGAGUUCAGCUGGGCGAGCGUUGGGAUGCUGGGAAGUCUCCACUGCGAAGGCCCGUCUCGCAUCGCCUUUUGGUUUUCUCCGGCAUCAUCGUCUCGGACACUUUCGUUUCAGAGGUGAGAUUUCUCGCCCUGCGCUCUCUUUGCCAUCAUUUUUGGUGUGGAGGUGGCGCAGCAGGGACAAUUCUACUUCAAAGACAUUGCACAGACAGAAGUGCGGCGAGAAAAACAACAAAUGCC